CCUCUAGAUUGUAGCUCAACUCUGUGACGUGUUUCGCUGCUACUGCUAGUUUAAACACAUUAGUGUUGGACAAGCGCCGCUGUUUUGCACCGCGACACGGGCGUUCAGGUUUUAACGUCGACGUUGAUAAGACAUCCAAGUUAAUUUCAGCGGUAUUGUUCGGUGUUGGACGGCAAUGGCUCGCGGUAGGCUCGGGACGAGGUUCGUGACCGUUCAUAAAGAUGCUUUUGUAACCUAACCAGCUGGCCUCGCCUCCAUCAUGAAGCGCUCCAUCGCUGUAUAGGAAAAGCACGUGCCAGUCGUCAAUCUGUCAACAAUGGAGGUCUCCCAGGUGACCCUGACUGUCAGAGGAGAAACGUGUCCAGGCGAGGUGAUCGCCGUGGUUGGGAGCUGUGAAGCCCUGGGCAGCUGGAGCUACCAAAAAGCGGUGAUCUUGGAUGUCCUAAGCGAUGAAGGGAACACGUGGACAACAACGGUCGGCAUUCCCAGAGGAGUCGAGGUCAAGUACCGCUACUUCAAGGGCUUCUUUCUGGAGGCAAAAAGCGCGGGCGAUCCUUGUCAGGUGAUAGUCAAUGUGUGGGAGAGCCAUCAUCAUCCCCGCACCAUGAGCCCCACAGCAUUUCACCUAAGUGUCGGCGAUGGACAAUUUGGAAUCCACAACGACGGGGCCAUGUGCGUCGACAGCGGUUGGCUCACGUGCCAGACGGAGAUUCGCCUGCGACUGCACUAUUCCAAGACGUCUCCGGUGUCCAUCACCAAGAAGAAAUUCAAGAAGUCCCGCUUCAGGAUCAAACUGAUGCUGGAGGGCGUUGAGGAGGAGGAGGAGGAGGAGGAGGAAGAUGAGAAGGGGGAGAACUCACGGAGCCUGUCGUCCCCGCACAAGGUGCCCACCACCCUGGAGAUCAGCAUGAUCAGCUCCAAAUGCUACAAGUCCCGCCACUCGCAGCCCGAGUGCGGCUACGCCCUGGAGCCCUCGCAGUGGACCGAGUACAGCAUCCACAGCAUGGACCCCGACAACCUGGAGCUGACCUUUGAGUUCUUUGAGGAGGAUCUGAGCGAGCACGUGGUCCAGGGCGACGUCCACCCGGGGCACGUGGGCACCGCCUGCCUCCUUUCCUCCACCUUCCUGGAGAGCGGCAGGGAUCACGGCCUGGUCACGCUGCCCAUCAUGGCGCGCAACUCCAGGCAGACCAUCGGCAAAGUGCGAGUGGACUACUUGGUGAUCAGGCCCAUCCCGGGGCUGCAGUGUGACAUGAGCGUCACCUUUGCCAAGUACUGGAAGAAAGGAAGGGUCCUGAACGUGGGCCACCGAGGAGCUGGCAGCACACAAGCCGCCAAGCAUCACAGAGUACGAGAGAACACCAUCGCAUCGUUCAAGAGUGCCGCUAAGCAUGGGGCCGCCUACGUGGAGUUCGACGUCCACCUGUCCAAAGACGCCGUGCCCAUCGUGUACCACGACCUAACGUGCUGCAUCUCCACCAAAAAGAAGAAAAAUGACCAUAAUCUGGAGCUCAUCGAGGUGCCGGUGAAAGAUCUGACAUUUGAUCAGCUGCAGCUUCUGAAGCUGGCUCACGUCACUGCCAUGAAGGGAAGCGAUCUCAAAGACGUACUGGAGGAUGAGGACGAGAUCGGCGAGCAUCAGCCCUUCCCGUCGCUCUCGCAGCUCUUCCAGGCACUCCCAGAACAUGUUGGCUUCAACAUCGAGCUCAAGUGGAUCUGUCAGAUGAAGGACGGGUCAUGGGAAAGCAACAUGUCAUCCUACUUCAACAUGAACAAGUUCAUAGACAUCAUUUUGUCCUGCGUUCUGCGAAAAGGAGGCAAGCGACGUGUCGUCUUCUCUUGCUUCGACCCCGAUAUCUGCUCCAUGGUGCGCCGCAAGCAGAACAAGUACCCCAUCCUUUUCCUGACGCAGGGCAUCUCUGAGAAGUAUCCAGAGCUGAUGGACAUCCGCUGCCAGACCACAGAGAUCGCCAUGAGCUUCGCUCAGAGCGAGGACAUCCUGGGCAUCAGCGCCCACACUGAGGAGUUGCUGACCAACGUGAGCCUCAUAGGCGAGGCGCAGGGCAAAGGCCUGGUGGUGUUCUGCUGGGGCGAUGACAACAACGAGCACGAGAACAGGAGGAAGCUGAGGGAGCAAGGCAUUGACGGACUCAUCUAUGACAGGAUCUGCGAGGACCAAGCAGAGCAGCCUAACAUCUUCCAAGUGGAGGAGCAACAUUCCUUGCGGGAGGUCAUCACCGAGGAGACCCUCAAAAGUCCCGCCUGCUCCUGCUACUCCAUACCGUGCUCCACGGUGCCGUGCGUCGCCAGCAAGGACCGGGCCUGCAGCGGCAGCGCCGAGUCCGACUCGGGCCUCAGCUCCUCGUAGCCCCCUCCAUUUCUCACAAAAGGGAUUGUGUUUUGAGUUCAAACUUUUCAAGCACCUCCGUUCAUGCACACAAAAUGGCCACCGCACAUAUUGAUUGUAGCUAUAACUUGUGUCUGUGUUUCGAUAUCAAGCAGGGAAAUUAAAGUGUGAUAAUAUUAGCCAAUAUGCCGCACGCGGCACUAAGAAACAUUAUACAGUGCAGUAAUCCACCGUUCAUCGCAGGAGUGACGUUAAGACCCACCCGUGAUGGGUGAGAAUGCAAAUUUUGAGAGCUCACAUAAAAUAACAUUGUUCUAGUUUAAGCCUUAAAAUACCCCACUCACACGCGGUAAACACAUUUCAACUUACUGAAACAGACUUUUCAAACACAUUGUAAAUGUAUUUGAACACAUACACACACAAAAAUGGAAAGACUCAAAUUUAUAGCUCGGUAAGACUAAUGGAAUGAAAAAUAAAAGCAUUUGUUUUAUAAUUUAAGCCUUAAAAUACUUCUCCUACACACUGUACUCACAUUGUUUAAACACACGCUGUACUCACAUUGUUUAAACACACACUAAGUGUAUUUCAACACACAAAAACAAACAGUUAACAGAAAAAUUGGUGAUAUAGCAGUGGAUUACUGUCAUGUAAUGUAGUAGAACAGGAUGUGCCAUUAUUUUACAUUUAUUUUGUGCAUGUAGCCAUUACUUAUGCCUGGCUUUUGUUAGUGUUUUAACUUCUUAUUUCCUUUGUUGUUAACUCAUUUAAAUUUGUUUUGCAUUUGGCAGAUCGUGCAGGUGGCCUUUCCUGAAUUUAAGAAGUGCAGGUGAUCAUUUUGUGGCACUUGAAGCGUAAAAACGCAACACGUCACUUUUUAAACUUGAUACAAGUUGAUGUUGUGGUGCUCAUGGGUUCCACCCCUUUCUAUGAUUUAUUACGUAUCGGGUCAUUUCAACUUUCAUUCUGAUUGAUAAAUAUGCAGCCUUAAAGGUGGGGGGACUUCUGUUACGUUGUUUAUAGUUAACCACAGUACAGUACCUCAUAGCACCUGUACUUUAUUGCAUGAUGGUGUGCAUCACGCAAUGUCAUGUAAAGAUGCUUGCCUUCACACGAAAUGAGGUGCAGUAGGGUAUGAACAAGCGUGUAAGUCUUUAAAUUAAACAAUCACGUGGAACCUG